CUCAAGCUAUGAGUUUCAGUUCUCUCCGCCGCGUUAUCCGCUCAGCAAGGAAAGGACUCUGUGCUACUUGCUCUAAGACCCGCUACCCUCAACUGGAAGCCGCAGGAGCAGGUCAUGUAGGCUGCCUGAUAUACACACUGGAGACCAUAGGCUCUCUCAUCAAAGAUGACCACGAAGUAACUGCCAUGCACGUUGCUGCCCGUAAAGGACAGAUCUCAGUCCUCAUAUAUCUCAUUGAGAACAACAUUGUCAAGCCUGAUUCUGUGUUUAGGGCUAAGAAUGGUGCCUCUCCAGCCCAUGAUGCGGCUGGAACCGGUAAUAUCGAGUGUCUCAGAUACCUCCUAAGCAGGACUCAAGCCGGUCCAAACGACAUUGAUUACAAUGGUGCUACAUUGCUGCACUGGGCUGCUCAGAGUGGUCACCUUAAAGUUGUCCAGUGGCUUGUGUCUGAAGCCCAGGCUCCAAUCGACGUCUUGACAAAGAAUGGUAUCACUCCUUUUCAUCUAGCAGCAGGGAAGAAUCACCUUGAUGUGCUACGCUGGCUCGUCGGCUAUGCUUUUCGUCAUCACCCUCACCCCAUGAAACUGGUCAACGCUAAGGACAAGAAUGGUUCCACUCCACUGUACCACGCUGCUCAUGCUGGACACUUUGAUGUUGUACAAUGGCUGGCAACUAAAGGAGGCGGUGACCCUACUAUCUCCAACAAGUCAGGUCUAGCUCCGCUUCAUGCUGCUACUAUCACCGGAAAUAUUAAAAUAGUCAAGUUUCUGUUUCAAUUUGGUCUAGCGACUGCUCCUGGUGGAUUGAGGACAAGUGAAGGAGCUUCCUCUAUGCAUUUUGCUGCAGCAGAAAAUCACAUUGAGAUACUGAACUGGUUGCUGUCAAAUAAAGAAUGCUCUGGUAACGAGAGAGACUAUUAUCACAGCACUCCAUUACAUGAUGCUUCUGAGUAUGGACACAUAAUUGCUGUUAAGAUGCUUUGUGAUGCAAAAGCAGAUCCAUUCUUACUUGAUAUAGAGGGAAAUACUCCGAGAGAUCUUGCCAUUAAACACGGUCAUCCAAAAUGUGCAAUGUAUCUUGACAACUACGCCAAAGACAUAAUGAGGAAACGAAUUAACGGAAGCAUAACAACUGAACCCUCUAGUGCUAGUGGAAGGAGUAAACUACAGCGCAAUAGACAGUCCCAGGGACAGAUAAUGGACAAAUACAGACACGCUCCACCUCACAUGAAACCUGUAAAUGCAUUUGAGGCUGAUGAUGACUAUGUAUUCCAAAUGAUGGGCAACACAGGCAGCGAAGGAUGGGAGACAUUGCAUGAUUUGAUGGAUGAGGAAGAGAUUGAGCAGCUAAGCCAGUUAGAUCAAGAUUAUGAUGAGCAGGACACAAUGCUGACAGAGGCAGAAGAAAAGAGACGGAUUUUUGAAGAGAAAAUGACUAGAGAACAUGAAGAAAGACAAAGAAAGCUGGAAGCAGCUGUAAGGCAAGAAGAAGAACGAGAAAUGGAGAUACGAUCUCAGUUCAUGAGAGAGGAUAGCUUUACCAGUGGUAACAAGUUAAAGCCUUUAGAGGAAACACUGAGGGAGGGUCAUCAGAAACUCGAGUCUGAAUUAGGUCGAGGUUCAAUUUCAAUGCAGGCUAAAAUGAAGAAAAAGGAGAAGAGUCAAUCAUUACCAAGAUCAUUAACAGAGCCUCAGAACGUAAAGAAUGCAGCAACAAGAACGAAAGAUGACAUGGACACUUCAAGCGUUCAAAGUAAAAGGUCCAUGUUCUCAAAACUCUUAGGAAAGCGCAGCAGCAAUACCCCAAGUAGUGGUGUCCUAUCAUCCUCUAAAAGUUGGUCCUUGGACUCUUCAUCAAUUCCAUUUCGCAAACCAAGACGUCCUGAUCCCCACGAAUGGAGCAUACCCAAUCCUCCCCCUCUACCAACUGUAGAGUUCCUUACUGGGAAGAGUCGAGUUGCCUACAGGCUCAAUUACUCGUUGAAGGAGGAGCUGCAGAAAACUGCCACAAUGUGGAACAGAGAUGCGUACGAUGAUGACGAAGAUGAAGAGAGUGGGUCUGAUGGCGAGAAACAGAUUGACAAGCAAGCGCUUCAAAAUAAAAACAAAGCCCUCAAAGGAAAAGAGAAAAAGAAGAAGGGAACAGAGCUCAAUCCCGUGAAGCCAAAGCCAAAGAAAGCAAUGAGGCCGCCUCCUUUGCCAUCCAUCAGUAGUAUUUUAGUCCCUAAAUCAGAUUUAUUGAUGACUCAAAAUCGAUCGGCUAACGUACAACAACCUAUUCGUCCUGCUCCCCCUCCUCCUCCCACUCCUCCUCUUGAAGAGGACAGGAUUACUAAAGUGAAGCCUGCAACGCUUCCCAUACCUCCUCCACCUGCACCUGCUGUGGCAAUGCCAAUUGCUAAAGCUGCAAGUGCUCGUAGUCGUAAGUUUCCAAUGCAGCGUCAGGACACCCCCACUCCGUCUAUAGGCUUUGCCAGUCAAUUAUCCAAAGCUUUACAAUCUGCGCAAGGCCAAGAGCCAAAAGUGCUUCAUUAUAAACCUCCCGACUCUCCUGCUGGUCACGAAAUGAGAUCCUUUACGGCUUUACAUGGCAGCAUCAAUCGCAGCAACCAGGAGAGCCUUGGGGUCCGUCCUAAAAUGCAAAGACAGGCCUCGCUAGAUGAAGAGAGCUGGGAGGAGAGUGACGAUAGCUUUACUAGUAGUAGUUCUGACGAGGAGACUGACUCUUCCGAGGAUGAUUCAAGUGGAUCAGAUAAUGAAGAGGAGGACAGGCCGAUAAUGGCACGCAACAUGGGUAUACACGGAGCUAGGAUAGCCAAGGAGGUCAUGCAAAGAAUGAAGAAUCAACGAUAUCCCUCGAUAUUUCGUAAACCAAUAGUCACUUUGGAUACUGUCAUUGAAGUGCGACAUGAAAUUGUGUAUGAAGCUGACACAAGACAAGAAAUGGCCGAUGUUUUUGUGAAUUUUAUGAGAAAGAAAAAAGUUAUGUCUGCUUGGAGGAAGCAUAUUAAAUCACUCAAUUAUGCUAGAAAUAAGGCAGAGGCAAUGGCAAGACGUCGUAAAAGAGAUUUGAUGGCUAACGUGUUUUACUCAUGGAUUCAAGCAAAGAAUGAAGCAGAUGUACAAGUUGAAGAAAGGAUUAAAAAUGCGAGAGAAAGCUAUAAAAAACAUCUCAAGAAAAAAGUCUUUCACAAAUGGAGGGCAAUCACUGCAACUGGACUUAAAUAUGGAGAAUUAGAUCAGAAAUCGCUGCAGUGGCUAAAUGCACAAUUGUUGUCAACUGGUAAACAGCAAGUCGAUGAUCUUUUUAAAUCAUUAGCAGAUGGAACACUCAUCAUAAUUGCAUUAGCUAAUGCUUCGGGGAAGAAAGCACCCAAAUUCAAAUUGAUGCCAAAGCUUAAACUUCACAAGCAAGACAAUUGGAAAGUGGCUCAUACCUUUAUGGAUAAAAUUGGAAUAAAUACGAAAGACUUUGAAGCAUCAGACCUGGCCGACUUGCGAGAUCACGCAAUACAUAACAUGUUCAUUAAUAUAUUCAAGUGGCUUGAGUAAUGAA